ACAAAAUAAAGAAGGAAAAUAAAAAUUAACAGGCACUGAAAGUAAAGUGGCAAGGAAAUUCAAGUUGGCUAGCGAGAGGAAAAAUGCUUUUCAGUUUCUUAACGGACGGCAAGUGCAGCGGAUCGAUGCAGAAAAGGAAAACGGCUUGAAACUGCGAUGCAAACUUUUGGCGGUCAUCAAAUCACGAAGUAACUUCCGGAACAAUCUUCCAUGCACUGUAAAUGUAUCUUCCAGUAUCGUAGAAACAAUGAAGGGCAUUUACAUCAACAAAUACAAAAUUAAUAGAUUCUACAAGCAACUCAAAUGGGCCACAAGUGGCUAAUCCAUGCAUGCACAAAUCUCUAAGCAAAAACCAAAACUCGUAUAAAAAGUUUUGCUAUUGGUUUGAAGUCUGCGAACGCACAUCAUGCAUGUUGGAAGCAAGACGUUGUAACUGCAAACUCGAACAUCCAACAUCGAACUUCACAUAUACCAAGGUGUAUUUCAACUUUCUUACACAAAUGCAGAUAAAUGCGGACGUAUUUUGUUUUAACGCGCCUAAAAAACUACCAGGUCGAUCUCAACGCAUUGCGAACGAAGACUAUGUGUACAGAUUAGCUUCGCCUUCUCGUCUCGAGAUUCCCACAGGCAAAAGCUUUAUUGAAACAGCAGUCGUCCUCUACACCAAAAGCAGCCAACGUUCGAUGUUAAUAUGAACAACAAGCCAUCAUCUUCAUCCUCAUCUAACACUCCUCCACACCAUUCUGCGUAUCCACCAAGAUCCGCAUCAAACUCCUCCUCGAACACGCACAGCACACCAACACUCACACCAGCAAUCAUUCCUCUAGACUACAAUUAUCAUACAAUGUCACCAUCCUCAAUAUCUCAAUUUCCCAACGGGCGCAUUACCUCUGCGGCCACCUCCACAACAAGCAGUGCUUAUCAUUUGCACACACAUUCCCGACUCAGCAGUACGCGUCCUUCCGGCAGUACCUCAGUCGAUGUUGAGAUGGAUAAUCAGUAUAACAGUCUUUUCGGUGAUCCUGUUCCACCGCCACCUCCGCCCGAUUUUCUCACUACACAAUUCAAUCCUGUGAGUGUUUUCCAUCCAGUGUCGUUGGACAUCAGCUCUGGCUCUGAGGAGGACACUAGCGCCCGUCUCGCUUCAAUAGAAGUUGAAAGGGCCGCACCCACACGCCUAUUUUCUAAUGUGCCUUUCAGCUCCGCCUUUAGUAGACGCAUGUCUGACAAUGUAGCUCCCAGAAACUUCGACGUGCUUCCCACUCCCAUGCCGCGUCUUCAACCACCAGAUAUUCAAAUAUUACCGAAUUCCAGUGGUGAUUCAAGCUCUGAAGCACGGGAGUCACCAAAUUACACAUUACUCGCACCCGACACAACAAAUCGCCAUCACACAAUAUACGAUGACAGGCAACCGACAGAUGUAACGGAAAUAGUAGAGUCUUAUGAAGUCAGAGAUACAAAAGGUGUCCGCGAGUACUCAGAGGCAACAAGGCGUGUAUCUAGUUUUAGUGAAGAUUUCAAAUCGAAUGUUGGAGCACUGAGCAACGUUGAAGAGACACAUAUGGAAAACUCGUCUUCUUCUGUAAAUCAUCCAUUUCCUCAUCAAUUUCCGAACGAAUCGUAUACAAGCAACGAAUGGUUUCGGCCGGCAACUCAAGAUUAUCCUGAAUUCAGUAAGAUACCAAGACUACGUCCAAGUUCCAAGAACGUUAUGUUGAUUAAAAGAGAAGACAUGCCUAUGCACCACUCUCCGGUUGCAGCAAUGAUAAAUGAUUCGAACGGUUCUAGUAGUGGAGAGGAACGGCUGGAAAGGGCACAUAAUGCAGACAACUCAACUGUGCCUUCGACUAGUUUCCAACCACCAGCUAGACCACCAGACCCGUCUCCAACGCUGCUCCGUGAAAUUGAAACAGAAUUAUUGCUCUCUCCUCAAGAGUAUUUGCAACACGAAGACGAAAGUCCUAUAGGUAGUUCGAAUCAGGUGAGUCCACCUCCUCCAGCUGCUCCACCACCGCCGGAUCUUCUAACCGCAAUGCCAGACGAAAAUCAAAGUUUCAUCAAACGCGAGAUGUCACCGGUGAUAUUGCGGAACUUAAUAGCCACUGGGGGCGAAUUUAGGGUUGACCAGACACGCCUUCACAAGAAGACAUCAUUUACAAUUAUUUCAGAAAAAUCACCACAAUCAUCACGCACUCAUAGUCCAUCUCCGCACAAUCACCAGCAGCUGUCACCACAAAAAAUGUCCGCCAUAUCGCCAAUGAAACCUGUUGCUAAACCACGACAGUAUUUGCAACAUAAAUCUUUAUCAGCCUCUCAACUCAAGUUGCCACAGUUGUCACAACAGAAACUUCAAGCUCCCGCCGAUGACUCUCCUCGCCCUUCUGUACAAUUUAACAUGACUGGGCGACAUACGCCAAACAUGAUGACUCAACGUGGCAUACUGCAACAUCGUGAGUCACUGUCAUCAUCGCAAGAUAUUACACCAUCAUCCCCUUCAGCGGGACCCAAAACAAAAUUGCGUCGCCCUUCGACACUGCCAACAUUUGCCAAACAGGCAAAUGAAACAAAAAUAAAAAGUUGUGAAACUCUACCUUUUAUCACCGAUCCAUACCGAACUGCUAUUCCACGCUUCAAUCGCUCCGUCACCGAUCUACAUAUAGAGCCAGCAGUAUUUCCACCAGGCGCAUUGCCUCGCCCCAUUAAGCCCAACCCCAAUCCCACUCGGAAACAAAAGGGUUUGCUCCGCAUACUAAAUGGGAACACUUCGAAUUUACCAUUACGUUCAAACUGGACAAGUAUGGAGGACCUGCCUCUUGGUAGGCAGCUUAAAACUCCUCUUGCAACACCUACACACAUUUUACAGAGUCGUCGACGCUCAAGUUCCACAUCACCUGAGCGUCGAAGUUCGACACAAACAGCUUCAGAUCGGCGGAGUUCUAAUAUAAGUUCAAUUACCACAUCCGAUUUUAGUUUUCGUCAGCAACGUAGAAAAUCGGUAUUGCCAGCUAUAAGCCCCAAAACAAAACGUCGACAAUCUUUAAUACCACCAGCAAGUUUGACUGGUGGCCGAACAUCGCGCACAAAAGUUGCUAAGCCUUCAACCCUUUCACCCAUCAUUGGAACACCGAACAAAGAUAGUAGCUCACCACAAAGUCCUGAACAAAAUAUUGCUGGCUCAUUAGCACCGUCAGAAGCAUUUUCGGAUAUGACAUCUCGGCGGGAGUCAUUUUCAAAGAUACCUUUGCGCUCUUCGAAUUCGCGACCAAUUUCGCGUUCUUCAUCGCCAUUGAAAGAGUUCAUGUCUCAAUUGCCAAUAUCUGAUAUGAAUUCAAGAGGAACAUCUAGUCGAACAACUUCUCGUGCUACGGUAAGGACCGAUACUUCCCAACCAGUUUCACGUGGCAAUUCCAGACCGGCAUCACGUUCUACUUCUCGCGCAUCUACCCAUCCAAUAUCGCGAGCAGCGUCACGUGCUAGUACACGACCGAAUUCGCGAAUGGAAAUGGCUAAAGAUAUAGCAAAUUCCCGAUCUAACUCAAGAAUGAGCAUACAUUCAACAGCAUCAAUUACCGGUAAUGUUUCCCCUAUUUCUGGAAAAAGAAGCACUGAACCUUCACCAGCAACCACUCGACGGCGAACAUCCAUUUCUGUCAGCCCAGCCUCAAACAGAAGAGUACGUACACGGCGACAGUCACUCAGCCCACCUCACAAAAAGAGAUCAGGAAGCCGUGGGAGAGGGAAGAAAAUUAGGGAGCGAUCUGAGUCGCGGCAUAGUUCGCGAUCUCGUAUACCAUUAAGGGCUGGUAGUGUAACAAAAGCGAAGCAAUCGUCAACAGUGGUGCCAAAGGAGCUAAACAGCCGUUCACUCUCGAAAUCAAAGGGUGCAAAAAUCGUAGGUCGAACAUCGCCCGCGCGAACUCCAUUAAAUCAACGAAGUAAACCAAAAAGUGCCAAAAAAGUACCGUCAUCGAUACAUAAACCCGAGUCAAAUGUGAAACGCAAACCAACGUCCGUGGAUAAAUUGGCGGCGUCUGGUAAAAAACAACCAAGUAAUCUUCAAAAACCUGAAAGGGUAAACCUUAUACGAGAACGUUCCAAUGUACAAAAAAAAGACACGCCAAAAGCUGGCACAGGAAAAAAUAUAAAGCGCGAAGGCACGGCUGCAACAAUAACCACAAAGAAAGCGCCUGCUAAUUCUUCUGCAGCGGCUGUGGCUUUGGCGGCAAGUGGACUAAAACGUCAUACUACAUCAAAAAAUGCAACGAAGCUUACUACCAAGGGCCAAUCGGUAACAACCAAAGGAAAAGGAAAAGAGGCUAAAGCAGAAACAGCUGAAGGGAGGAAGGGUGACAAUAACGCCGAAAUGACUAAGCAAGAAGAAGAAAAUGCCUCUUCGAGCAAAGAAGAUGCUAGUAAUCUGAAAAGUGGUAGCCCUGUGGGAAUCGAAGCAACAAAAAUAGCUGCAAUACCUGCAGGGGUAGCUGCUGUCGCUGCUACUUCCGCAAAAAGCGCACCGAACAUCAGUUCUGGUAGCACGGGAAGCAGUGGAUCCACCUCAGGUAUCAAAAGGCAUCCUUCCAAUGUAUCACUUGUCCGCAUGGCUUCUCGAAUGAGUCUGCUCAGCAUGAAGCGCUCCGACAGCAACCUUAGCAAGAAGACAACGGUCCCGGCGGUUGCUGAGGAGACAACUGACGGCUUGAAAAAGAACGCAAAACCAGGAUAUUUACAAAAAAGCAACAGUCGUACACAACUGAAGACACCUGAAGAUAUGGCUGGUCUGCCUGCAGCAAUAUUAGAGAAAUCGCAAAAGACGCUGGAGAAUAUUCAAAAGACUGUUACCGUCGCGACAGAUGAAAUUCAUAAAACCAUUCAUGAAAAUCUCACCGAUUUGAAAAGUCUCGAAAGUGAUAUGGGUCGGUUUUCAGAUAGCGCAGGAUCACCCACAUCGAGUGUAGCUACCGUUGUGGAAAACAAACAGGCUGGCAAAGCAGCUGCUGCUAAUGGUGGUGAGAGUGGCGCGACCGGAGAAUCGAUUUCACGCACAGCGACCGCUGAGGGACCAACCUCAACAGCGGGCACGAAAAAAAUGACGCACAAAAAUGGUAGUAGCGGUGUUAUGCCUACGACGUCCACACAAAAAUCUCCGCUACCCCCAACACAGCCGAUCGAGGCAGAUGUUUCAGUAUUGAACGCGUCCAUGCACGCUACGGAGCACGUCACUGUGGCGGCAGCAGCCGCAGCAGCUGCCACAACGGGCGCCAUGGCGAUGCCACAUGGGGGCGUCGUAGACGCCACCGUCGAACGGGUUAGUGCACGUGCUUUAUCAGUAUCAGUUAUGCCAGAAGUUGACUGUGACGAUGCAAAUUUCCAGAAUUACACAUACAAUGGGGACGGUGCAGCGGACAAAACAGUUGCUGGGGCAAUAUUGGAUCACGAAGGCCGUGCGAAUGGCGCUGAUGCGAGUGGAAACGGGCGGAAUGGAGUUGGCAGCGAUGGUGCCAAAGGAGAUGGUGCUACUGACGACGAUAUAAAACGGCGCUCGCCGGAUGGACAGGGCGGCUCAGCGGUAGGCAGUGGCAACGGCAGCCGAGAGUUUCUGAAGGAGCAAGAAGACGACUUAGGGACGCCGACCGGUUGUUGCCGCUGCUGCACGAAGUUCUGUCUUCCAUGUCGGCGCCUACGUUGCUCGCGUUGCUGUCGUCGCAAAAAGAGCCUGGCCGGCGAUGAAAGCGAGGAGCCAGUGCUCUCUGCGACCAGCAGCGCCUCCACCACCAACCUCGAGGUCAUCGACGAAGCGCGGCAUCCAACGGACGGCGACAAAACCAAAACGAGCUGUUGGCAAAAAUUGAACUGCUGCAAACGUUGUCGCAAGCAACCGAAGGUGGCUGCCAGCCACACGGAUGAGCGCGCAAAAAUGACAGUGGCGACCAAAACGGAGUCUGCGGUGGCAGCAACCGCACCUACCGCACCUACCGCAUCCAAACAAGGCGGUUGUGGCGCCUGCUGGAGCAAAUUAUUUUGUUGUCGACGUGUCAACAAGGUCGAUCCCACAACUGGUGAUGAAACGGAAUUGAAGAAGUGUUGUUUUUGUAUACCUUGUCGACGCAAGAAAGCUGGACGGGGCGCUACCAUAGCCUCGACGGUUUCACCGACUGGCUCGGUGGCCUGGCAAGAUCCGGAAAGUGGUAUUGCAGCUAGUGAUGCAUCUGUUUUGGAAGGUGCGACUACAUCCGAAGUAGUGCGACCACAGGGUUGUUGCAAACGCUUUUGGAGCAGACUGCUGUGUUGUCGACGCAAAAAGUUGCCGAAGCCAAGUGAGAGUCGGCGCGCAAGCAUGAAGGCGCCACCACCGCCAAGUGAGGACACUCGACGCAAGCUACAUGUCGACCUAGUGGAGUAUAGCUCGAAAAUGAAAGGCGCCAUUCCGGUAAUGCCGCUCUCUUUAGCCUGGUUUUGCGCCAUUUGUAACACCAUCUUUCCAGGACUAGGUACUUUAUUCUCAGGCAUUUUUUGCCUUUGCGUUGGCAUCCCACGCUUUUCGCAAUACGACAGCGCGAAGGCGCGCUUCGGUUCUUUCAUAAUCAACAUAAUCGUUGCCAUGGCGCAACUGUUUUGCGUGCUCUUCUGUUUUGUCGGUUGGGGCUGGUCCAUUUGGUGGGGCACGAUCAUGCUGAAAUGUGCAAGAAAGCUGAAUAAAAUCAGGAAGGUUGAGCGUUUGGAAAUGGAGGAGGAGCGUCGCCAAGCAGAGGCAGCAGCCGCAGCAGCAGCAACAGCGGCGCGAGCGGCAACUCAUACUACGGCGGUGACCACCACGACAGAGAGCGCCGCUUAAAGAAACGUUAUUAAUAUUUGAAACUAAAUUGAGGGACAAAUACUUUGUAAGGGGCUUAAAGGUGUAAUUUUGAGGAACAUAGAUUUUAGUUUGCGUUUUAAUGAUACUAAAGACUUCCAAAACAACUUCCAAAACGCUAAGAAGGUGUAGUAAAGAUAAAAUCUUCCGAAAGUAGCUUCCGUUGGAAAAAAAUUAAAACGAACAAAGACUACAGAUUUCAAAUAAUAACUGCACAGAAUCCUUUACUACAGCGAGAGAGUGAGAGAGAGAAGUGACAAUACAUAAAACCUCGAAAAUUCGUGCCUUAAUAAUGGAAUUAAUUCAGUUUCGACUCCCAAGCGCUGAGCAUCGAGGAAACGUGUGUUUCAGGCAUAUUUACUCACAUAUUACAUUUGCUGUUGAAAGAAAUACUUAGAGUAUGUAGUACUCGUAUCUUCCAUUUGACACGCGAGAUGCUGCAAACCCUCUGAAAAGUGCACUUAAAAAGCUUCCGUCUACGCUAAACCGUCUACAUAUCAAUAUUUAAAGAGUAAUUGUAAUCUAGGUGAUAGGCAAAUCGUGUGCUUACACAUACAUAUCUACAUCUAUAUUUGUAGCAUAGGGAAUUUAAGUUUUUCCUAAAUAAAUAUUUAUCAAUUAACAUUACUAAAAUAAGUUACAUAACACUUAAGAAAUUGUGAAGUGCGUAUACCGUUUGUAACAAAAUUAUUAACUAAAUGUAGCUAUAAUACUACAUAUAAUGUAAAU